AUGCUCGGACCGCCAGUCAACCUGCCCAAGUGGCUUGAGACAAACUCUCACCUGCUUCAACCGCCCGUCAACAACUACUGCGUUUACAACGAUGACUUUACCAUCGUCGGCGGUCCCAACGCCCGCACCGACUACCACAUCAACCAAACCCCCGAAUGGUUCUACCAAUACCGCGGCGCCAUGCUCCUCAAGGUCGUCGACGGCACCGCCUUCCGCGACAUCGUCAUCCGCGAGGGCGACAUGUUCCUGCUCCCCGCCAACACGCCGCACAACCCCGUGCGCUUCGCCAACACGGUCGGCAUCGUCCUGGAGCAGCGCCGCCCCGCGGACUCCAUCGACCGCAUGCGCUGGUACUGCACCGGCCAGUGCGGCCAGGAGGCGCUCGCGGGCACGGGCGAGGCCGUCGUCGUGCACGAGGCCGCCUUCCACUGCACCGACCUGGGCACCCAGAUCAAGCUGGCCGUCGAGGACUUUCGGGCCGACGAGGCCAAGAGGACGUGUACCCGGUGCGGGACGGUGGCGGACUGGGCGCCGAAGCCGGGGUCGAUUCGGGAUCCGAACUUGGAGUGA